AAGAAGGUAAUUGGGCUAAGUUGGAGGAAGUUGAUGGAGCGUUAACGUCACUCGGCCCUCUGCAGGUUGGUGUUUCACAUUGGAAGUUCAAACUGAGAUCUCCCAGCUGAGGGAAAACAGCACAAACAAUCAAAGUUCUAUCUGAUUCUCCAUCAAACUUCCUUGCACACAUGGAUCGAGUUCUUAAAGAUGCAAGAAUUUCAGGUUCUCUCAACCUUUCCAACCGUUCUCUCAGGGAGGUGCCCAAUGAGGUGUACAAAAGCUUGGAUGCGAUUGGCGAGGGAGAAAAGUGGUGGGAGGCUGUAGAGCUACAGAAGUUGAUUUUGGCUCAUAAUGAAAUCGAAUUGUUGAAAGAAGAACUUAGAAAUUUGCCUUUGUUGUCUGUGCUGAAUGUCACCCACAAUAAGCUUACCAGUCUUCCAGCAUCUAUUGGAGAGUUGCACAUUUUGAAAUCUUUGGAUGUAUCAUUUAAUUUGAUAGAAAAUAUUCCAGAAGAAAUUGGGUCGGCAGCAGCUUUGGUCAAGUUUGAUUGUUCGAAUAACCGGCUAAAGGAUCUUCCGAGUUCCCUUGGACAAUGUGUAGCUCUAUCAGAACUUAAGGCAUCAAACAACAGCAUUUCCAGUUUGCCUGACGAAUUAGCAAAUUGUUGGAAAUUAAUAAAGUUUGAAGUAGAGGGAAAUAAGCUAAUAAUGCUACCAAAGGAGAUGAUUGCAUCAUGCACAAUGCUUACUGAGAUCAAUGCAUCAAAAAAUAUGUUGAGUGCCAUGCCAGACAAUAUUGGAAGUCUUUCGCGCUUGAUUCGCCUUGACCUCCAUCAGAACAGAAUUUCAUCAAUCCCAUCAUCAAUAAACGGUUGCUUGUCAUUAUUGGAGUUCUAUAUGGGGAACAAUGAUCUCUCUUCAUUGCCAGCUGAGAUAGGGGCCCUCACCAAAUUAGGGACAUUUGAUCUCCAUUCAAAUAAGUUGAAGGAGUAUCCGGUGGAGGCUUGCACGUUGCAGCUUUCGUUUCUAGAUCUAUCAAAUAAUUCAUUGUCUGGUUUGCCUCCUGAGAUUGGUUUGAUGACUACUUUACGGAAACUUUUACUGAAUGGUAAUCCACUGCGAACUCUUCGCAGCUCAUUGGUAAAUGGACCUACUGCUGCCCUAUUGAAGUUCUUACGAAGUAGACUUCCAACUGAUGAAGGGUCUGCAGCUACUGCAACAGCAAAAGAGGAUGUAAUUACUAUGGCAGCUCGGAUGUCUUUUUCUUCGAAGGAAAUUUCUUUGGAGGGACUGGGUUUAAAUGUCGUCCCAUCAGAAGCAUGGAAGUCAAGUGACAUCAUCAAAGUUAAUUUGUCAAAGAAUGCAAUUGAAGAACUACCUGUUGAAUUUUCCUCUUGCAUUUCCCUUGAAGCUUUGAUUCUAUCUAAGAACAAGAUAAAAGAGUGGCCUGGUGGAAUCUUAAGAUCCCUUCCGAAAUUCUCAUGCUUAAAGCUGGACAACAAUCCUCUUAGACAGAUUGCACCAAAUGCCUUUCAAACUACUCCAAAACUCCAUAUACUGGAUCUGAGUGGCAAUGCUGGUUGUUUGCCAGAACAUCCAGAAUUUUCUAGCAUGCCAGAGUUGCAGGAGCUUUAUCUGAGAAGAAUGCAGAUAUCCGUCUUCCCAGCAGAGAUUAUGAGCUUGAAGCAGCUGCGAACUCUUGAUUUGAGCCAAAAUUCUCUUCAACACAUUCCGCAGGGUGUAAAAGAUAUGACUAGUCUUACAGAGCUCGACCUUUCAGACAAUAACAUUUCUGCACUUCCACCAGAACUGGGAUUGCUUGAACCCAGCCUACAGGUAUUAAAACUCGACGGAAACCCAUUAAGAAGCAUCCGAAGGACAAUUUUGGAUCGAGGAACAAAAGCUAUUCUGAAGUACCUAAAGGAAAGAGUCGCCGAGGACUAAUUUCUCUGCGCCCGUAGCUAUCUAUUAUGGCUACUUCUUGUGCCAGCAUGGGCUCGGCGGAAACAGAUAUUUGCUCCUGCGACUUCCAAAAAUUGUUGUUAUAAAGUUUGAUAUUACAAAUUACUCGAGCCUAUCCCCUUUUUCUUUCAAAUUUGGUAAUGGUAUAAUUUGCUUGCGAGAAAAUCCAGUCGCGAGUCUGAGUUGCACUCCAUCUUUUGCCAAGCAAAGUUUCUCGAUCGUCCUGAA